ACAUGACAAUGGUUUGGAGUUGCUAACACAACACUACUAAACAUUGUUUUUGUUUAGAAUUAGAAUCUCAAUUGAGUCUUCACUUCAUCGUUUUUGUGAUUCUCUCUCUUCCUAUAAUGGCGGCACGCUUUCAAUCUGUAGCUAUCUGAAGCUGUGAGGCCAAAUCCUCUUCUUUCAUUUCCACCACGUGCUUAAAUUGCAAGUUGGAGCCUCCCCCUUCUGCUUCUACUUUAUGCCCUGCUUCAUUUGGUACUAUGCUGGUGUUCCCUAUAGGGAAAGAUGAAAUUGAAGUCUAAGAAAGGAUGGAAAUCUAUUGUACCUCUACAUUUGAAAGGAAAAUCAGCAACCCGUUUUUCUUUAUUUCGCAAAGUCAAUUCAGCUGGCUAUGGACCUGGGAAAACACCAGUUUAUCUGAAUGUGUAUGACUUAACACCCAUGAAUGGUUAUGUCUAUUGGGCUGGUCUUGGUAUCUAUCACUCUGGUGUAGAAGUUCAUGGUGUAGAAUACGCGUUUGGAGCUCAUGACUACCCAACGAGUGGUGUUUUUGAGGUUGAACCUCGACAGUGUCCAGGCUUCAAAUUCAGGAAGUCAAUAUUCAUAGGAACCACAUCUUUGGAUUCGAGUCAGGUUAGGGAGUUCAUGGAACGCCAGUCAGCAGGCUAUAAUGGUGACACAUAUCACUUAAUUGUUAAGAACUGCAACCACUUCUGCAAAGACAUAUGUUACAAGCUUACGGGGAAAUCAAUUCCAACAUGGGUAAAUCGACUGGCCAGGCUAGGUUCAAUUUGCAACUGCAUUCUUCCCGAAGCACUAAGGAUUUCUGCUGUGGGGCAUGAUCCUAAUUAUCAGCCUCGUGAUAGUGAAAAGAGAAGGCUUCGAAGUGGCUUCAAUUGCUUGUCCUCAAUCUCAAUGCGACAAAAGCACCUCUCCACAUCUUCACUGUUUCUACAGUCACCCUUAAGAGGCUGCUUGUCAUCAUCGUGGCCCUCGUGGGAAUUGAGAAAAUCCAUGAAUCGUUCCAUGAAAGAAAGGUAACUGAACUUUGAGAAGCUAGGAAAUGCACGAUUGUACGACUCUAGUUUAUGGUAGUCUUUUGUAAGUAGGAUUCGGGUUUCGUCACAUAACUUCAUUUUCUUGUCUUUUGCCCUUUAACUUUUCCUGUUUUUUAUUGAUUAUGGUGCGACGAUUUCCGUUGAUAUGGCUCAUUCUGUCAAUUUGCAACUAAGAAUGAUCCUUUCCAAGCUGUAGAAGAAACUUAUAAA